AUGUCACAUAUUCGACGUGAACUGGAAGGAAAAUACAAGAUUGAUCGCGCUGUCUGUUGGUUGGAUUCAGAGAUUGCCCUGUGGUGGAUUGGGACUGGAAAAGAGUAUAAACUGUUUAUUCAAAAUCGUGUUGUAGAAUUUAGGAAGUUAAUGGAUCCGAAAUCGUGGCGUCAUGUGCCAACCGACCAGAAUCCCGCGGAUGUUCUUUCUCGUGGUUCACUUGGAUCGGAAUUGAAAGAAAUGCGUAGUUGGUGGUGUGGUCCGGACUUCCUGCAAGGUGACGAAUCUGGCUGGCGCCGAAGAAUUUCAAGUUUCAAGGGGAUAAUUUCGUAGAUCAAUUGCUCGAAUUUGAAGAAGUACAAUCUGUGUCUACAACCUUGGUUCAGGAUGAGAAGUCAACUAUUGGCGAGUUAAUCGACUGUCAGAAUUACAGCGAUUUUGAGAAACUCAUUCGUGUCACCUACUACGUGGUUCGCUUCGUAAAAAUUGUGCGGAAAAUGAAAGAACACCGACCAUCAACCUUGGAGCUAGACGAAAUCGAAUUGUCCGAAGCAGAAAUUUUGUGGAUAAAAGACGCCCAGAGAUACUUUCCAGCAGAGCCUAAUUUCAACUCUAUGUGA